GCCAUUUUUAAUGUUUAAUAAUGAAAUCAACAAUCGAAGUAAUUACACAACCUUCUUCUAUCACAGUAACUGUAGGACUAAACACCCAUAUAACUAACUGAAAGCCUACUCUUCGAGAUAUUCAGCUUAAGCCAAAAAUAUGAAAUUUAAGGUUUACCUAAUAUCAUGUCAAAAAUGGAAAUUGAUUCAUGAAAAUGCUAUGAUGCAUUAUUCGUUUAUCAUGUCGGUACUUUACUCCUUAACCUUAAAAUAAGUUUUUAAGUAACCUCUAAAUUAAAAAAUGGCAGAAUUAGAAUUAACGGAAGAAGAAUUAACAUUAAAACAUAAAAAAGAACGGAAAGAAUUACAAGCACAAAUACAAACGCUAAAAAAGUCAAUUUGUAAGGGUGAUAAGAAGAAGAAGAAAGAAGUAACUGAGGAAAUCAAUCGCUUAGAAGAAGCUUUAGAUAAAAGACAAGAAGAAGAGUUUACUACAUGGAAAGUUACACAUCUUAAUAUCAAUAAUGUGGAAAAUGAAGAUACAGAAAAUAUUAAUGACAAAAGCACAAAAGACAACAAACAAAAUGAACAACCAACACAUAGAAUUUCGAAAGCACAGAAGAGAAGAGACAAGAAAGCAAAUGCAGAAAGAGAACGCAAUCAGAGAAUUAUAGAACAAGAAGCAUUAAAUGUUUUUGGGAAAAGAAAUGUAGAAUUGCAAACUAUUAAGAAAAUACUCUGUGAACGUGGUUUGAUGAUUUAUGAGAUUCCAAGUGAUGGCCAUUGUUUAUAUAAUGCUGUUGCACAUCAACUAAAAAUUAUAGGAGAAACUCCAUUGAAUUUUCAUGAACUUAGAACAAAAACUGCUAUAUAUUUGAGAGAAAAUAUGAAUCAAUUUUUACCAUUUAUUUCCAAUCCAGAUUCUGAUGAUGUUCUUUCACCAGAACAAUAUGAAAAAUAUUGUGCUGAUGUGGCAGAUACAAGUGCCUGGGGUGGAGCUAUUGAGUUACAGGUUCUUUCGCAUGUGUUGAAAUGUCCAAUAGAAGUCAUUCAGGCAUCAGGAGCACCAUAUGUUAUUGGUGAUGAUUAUAGCAAUGAAAAAAAAAUGAUAUUGACUUAUCACCGGCAUAUGUAUGAACUAGGUGCUCAUUAUAAUUCUGUUACAAAAUAUGUUAUAGAAGAAGAAAGCUGAUAGAAAUGUAUCUGACUAAUAUUUAUGAAAGAGAAAUUAAGCACGUUUCAUAAUACUUUUUACUAUGAUAAAAUACAUGAACUAUUGAAAGCUGCCACAAUAUAACUGUCCAGGAAACAUAUCAAUUUUAAAUUAAUAGUUCGACGUUUCUCUGGCAAUUUUAACUAAUAUAUACCUAAAAGGCUGUAACUUCUGUUAAAUAGUAAAUUUAGUCGAAGGUAACAAAAUAACAAAUUAAUAGGUUUUAUUUUGUGGAUUUUUGUAAAAUAAUUAUUGCACCAUUAUUAUGUGAGGGAGAAAAUUUUAUUUAUUUCUUACUUAAAUAUUUGACAAUAUAAAGAAGCUGCCAGCAAAUUGCAAGUACACAUUUACUGUUCAGUGCUUGCUUCUUCCCAAGUUUUAAUGUAAAUAUCUAUUUAAAUAUGAUUUACAUUUUUUGUAACAAAAAUUUAAUUUGUGAUGAAAAUUAAGCAAAUAUUAAAGCGAUAUUAUUGCAGUGGAAAUAUUAAGAUUGUGUACGCGUGAAUAAUAUAUGCUAAUACUUUCGUCAUGUGUUCUUAUAGUUUUGUACUAUUAUGAUGGUGAGUAACACAUAUAAAAUGUGAAAUAAAAAUGACGAAAUAUUAAAAUCAUUAGUUUUUGGAAGUA